GUUUCCGCGACAGCAGCGGCGGCUUUUCCCACACGGGGAUACGCGCCACCACGGCGAAGUUACUCGUCGUCUUCUGAGCGCGCGCGCUGAUCGCUGUGCUUCACCUUUUUUUUUCUUCAUUUAGGGGAGGGUCUUCUUUUAACGGGCCUCCGCUACAUCGGCAUAGACUUGGCGGCUCCCAUCAACAGGCACUCAAGCUUUAAAAGGGAAAAAGGGAAAAGCCAGAAACCGGCUGCCUGUCUACGUGUGAUGAUCAGCGUAGCGGGUGUUGUUUGUCUCUCCCUCCGUCUUGAGUUGACCGUUUCUUCUGCAUAGAUUUACCUGUUUCUCUACUGCUCUUCUCAUCCCGCAAUGUCCGAUGUACUCGGCUACCUCAGCGAGGUAACCCAUCGCGUGUCCGCCACCUUCAUGCCGACCGAAAUGGAGGAUGUCGCGUCCUUCCUGCGCGGCGAUGCGUGGGUGCUGGUGUCGACGCACGCAGCUGCGGCGGACAGCGGCAGGGAACCUGCAACCACCGCAAACCCAACAGACGGAAAUGACGCUCCCCCCACGUUACUCCGUUACCCGCUAGGUGCCACACGGUGGGGCCGCUGCAUCCCGCUUGGCAUUGCCGGCACGACCCUCGUUUCCGCUGUGACUUCAGGCAGCCGUGCCGUUCUGCAGAACUUCUUUGAAGGCAGCGGCUUCGCGCAGGUCUUUACGGUGCACUUGGUGCCUACGGAGCAGCAGCAGCAGCAGCAGCGUGGCGGCAGAGGCGGAGGCGGCAGUGGGAAUCGCACUGGCGUGUCCACCACCGCACAUGUCGCGUCUUCCUCGCCCCCUUCCUUUCAGGCUGGCCAAGGCGGCUGUGUGGGGUGCACGGCGGCCUCUCGCAAGCGACGGCGGCUGUCCACCGCCGCACCGCCACCAGCAGCCCACAUUGUUGAUGUGACGCUGGACGGCCGCUACGGCUCGACCGCGCAGGCCGCACGACACGCCUGCAUGGCGGUGAUUCGGCGGUGGUUUGAAGACUUGGAAGACAGCCUUCGCCCCCGCGACGAGGAGGAGGAGGAGGCAUGGAAAGCACCAAAGGAGCUCGAUGAGAGAGCUGCUCCUCAGAAGGCGCAGCUCCGACGUCUGCUGGUCCUCGUGCACUGCUGCGCGGAUAACCGGGCCGCCGUCUCCACCGGAGCAGGCAGAGCCCCCUCUUCUUCUUAUUCAUCCUCCACGGCAGUUGGCGGUGGUGCGGCUCCUUCUCCUCUUUCUGGCUCAUCCGGCCGCCGCCACCGCAGGGGGGACGACCCGCUGCUCUCCUUUCUGCACGACCUCGCCGCCCUCGCCACGCUUUACGAAGCGCGGCUCUCCGCGACCGCCUGCAGUGUCCGACCUGCCGUACUGCUCCUCCCGGAAGAUGAGAGCUACGGCGGAGCGAUGCUGAAGCAUCGUUUAAAAGAGGAGGUGGGCUAUCGAUACUGGGUGCAGCUCUUCUCCCCGUCCGAUCAACAUCGGCAUCGGCAAGAGCAACCACCACGGCAAACGAACGGAGGGGGGAGUGCAGGCGACGCAUCAUCACUCGUGCGCCAAAGAGUAAAUGUCGGAGCGAGUUGGAAGGCGUCCGUGGUAGGCGGCAGCGCUGCGCAUCGAAAUGGCCUGUCACAACCGCAGCUGCACCACCGUCAAGGCGAGGCGCCGCUCGUUCGUGGCUGCCGCCUUGCUGCGGUUUGGGGUGUGUUGGACUCCUCGGUGCUGUCGGCAGGUGCCGAUCCUGCGGACACGGAUGUGAAGUCGCUCGCCGAUCCGUCUUUGCCGGUCGUGAAGGAAACCGCAGCCGAUCGUCGCACUUCAAGCCCUCUUCUUUUCACCCACGCAUCCGCGUCGCAACUUGAUGAGGCCCUGCGCCGCCACCCCGCGUGUUUCUUCGCGCGGCCAAGUAACGCGCCGCUGUGCGUCUUCUUAAUGGAAGCCCUCCGUCGUUUUCCUUUGCUGGCGCCUCUCGCCAUGCUGCGCCACUGGCAGUCCACGUGGACAGCGCGCCACUCGCUGAACGACGUCCUCUUUGUGUUUCAUUCCACUGUGUGUCCCUUUGCGAUGUCCGCCGCCCAUCAAGAUGCAUCCACGCUCCGCAGCAGCAAUAACAACGGUGAUGGAGGAGGAGGCAGCGUGUUGUCGACCCCGUCGCCCUCCUCGUUGCUGCGAGACGCAACGGACCUGUUGGACGCGCUGCUCGACGCCUCUUUCACCCUCGCCGAAGACCGCGACGCCGUCGUGCCGCUCUCGAGCAAUGAUUUUCGCAUUGAGCAGGCGACUUGGUUUAUGUUGAUGUACGAGGCACUGACGCAGCAGCGGGAGGCGCGACUACGACGCAUUCCAGGGGUCGUCGAGGUCCUUCUGCGUUUGUACGGCCGACACGCAGGCGGCCCUGCCGUGGGUGCCCCAACACCCAGCCACCUCACGACCACCACCAGCACCAAGAGCAGUACCGAGGAUGAGGCGAUACGCUACGCGGUGCGGCACCUCCUGCCGUUUGCACCGCUCAACGUGUUCUAUCAGGCGGUGCAGCAGUGCAGUGCUGCCCCUCCUCCUCCUCCUUUGCUGACGAGGAACAGCACCGCUGCAAAACGAGAGGUCGUGGCCUACCCGAUGAGCUCGCUCGUUCUCCCGCUGCGGCGUAUGUCGGUCGCCCUGCCGCUACGGACCACAACGCUGUUGUCGCUGCUGCCGCCGGACGCGUCGCUGCAGGAGUUGAAGGGGCUGGCGGAGCAGCGGUGGGCGGCGGAGCUGCCGGAGUCCUGGCAGAAAAUGGUGACGCAGGCGAGGGGCACGCAGCGCCGCAGCUUGGCUGCUCUUCAUGCCUCGGACUCACACGAUCGGCACGCAGGGGAUUCAUGGAUGGCCGCCUCCACGCAGUUAAGUCCGGCGAACUUCUUUCAUCCUCUCGUGCCGCACGCCGUGCGUGUGCUCUACCUCUUGACAGCGCACACCCUUCACGCGCCGACGGAGGCGGCAAAGCAGGUGCCGGUGGUGCAGUUGCAGGUGAUAUGUCAGCUGACCGACGAGCAGCUCUUGCUGGUGCUGAAGGAGCUGCAGACAGCGGGACUUGUGAAGAUAAACUGGCACGCGCAGACCGCACGUACGCUGCUGGACGCUACCUAG